AUUUUGAGACAAAAACCAUCAACACCAUGGACACAUCAAUGACCCAUUAUAGAGUACGCCGGUGUUCUGUGUGCCCUAAUGAUUUAGAGUAUCUUUGCGCAUCGUGUCCGUGUGAUCUGUGUCCCCAUUGUAAAGAGAACCAUGUCCAAGAUCUCGGAACUAUUGACCAUCGUGUUGUAUCGUUCCAUGAGACAUAUUUACCAGUACAAGAGAUAUGUCUGAAACAUCCUGACCAUCUCUAUAGAAAGAUCUGUAAAUGGUGUGAUCGUACUGAUUGCUUCCAUUGCAAAGAGCAUGAACAAAUUUCAUUACAUGCCAUGAGAAAUAAAAUAAAGCAUCAAAAAGAAAGAACUUCAAUUCACAUCAUCACAAACGAAGCUCUCUUAUAUAGAGGUGUUCUUAUGGAAAGCAUCAAAAUUGAUGUCAACAUCUGCCAAAACAUUUUCUCUUUCUAUCAUGUAGAUAUGUUAACAAACGCUCAGAUACUGAAGGACCUCGUUAGAAGGGUGUUGCGUAGCUUUCAUUUUACGCAAAGAUGUUUAAAUCAAAAGAUAAAAAUGAAGAGAUAUCUUUCUAGCGCUGAGAUAUAUGAAGACACAUAUGAACAGACGGCAAUCAGACUGGUACACUCUCUAUUGAACAAAAAGAGAACAUGCCUCCCAAAGAUUCAUCUUGCACACCACACAAGCCAACUCGCCAUGAAAGAGUUACUUGAAAAGAGAAGUGUGAUAGACUUGCUGACUCAAAUCCAAGUCACAGAGAAGGGGAAAGGACGCAUAGAAAAUGAGCAUCUGUUAAAACUAAUGCCUGGUCCCGAGUUGCAUCAAUCUGUCACAUUACCAAAUUCUCACGGAUGUUUCCAUAUGACUAGUGUGACAUCAAAUUUGUUUUGGGCCAGUUAUAUCGAUAACAAUAUUAUCUUGUCAAACACUACAGGUGACACAUUGUAUCAUUUAUUAGAUACACCUUCUGAUCUUCUCAGUGGAUAUGGAGCACACACAGUGAACAGUUCAAACGAAUUGAUUUAUAUCGACAAAGAAUAUAACAUAAAAAAACUAUCAAUGGAUUUGAAAACAACGACCACGUUUCUAACAAGAGCACAACUUAAACUGAGACCUCAGUGUAUAUACUGGUCCCUGACAACUAAUGAAUUACUUGUCGGAAUGUGUAAAAAGAAAAUAGAAUAUGUAGAACUGUCUGAAGAGUCUGAGAAGAUUCAUGAUUAUACAUGGACAGGCGGUGUAACACGGUUCAAUGAAACCGGAAAACUUACACAAAUAAUAUAUGGUGGGGACACAGGAUCUGAACUCUUCAAAUAUCCAUGCAAAAUAACAGAAAACAACAAUGGAGAUAUUGUAGUUUCUGAUUGGUCUACGGCUGUAGUGGUGACGGAUCGUGAAGGGAGGCAUCGUUUUUCUUACACAGGACAUCCACCAGGAUCAAAACUACAGCCACGUGGAAUUUGUACGGAUGCACUUUCACACAUCUUGGUAUGUGAUGAUGAAACCGAGACAGUACAGUUGUUAGAUAAAGAUGGUAAGUUCUUGCUACAUCUACUGAUAAGACCACCAGGGAUAAUCAGACCACACAAUUUGAACUAUGAUGUCGCCACUCAUCGUCUCUGGGUUGGAUCAGAGGAUAUUAACAAGGUUCUUGUCUACAAGUAUAUUACCCGACAAGACGCCGUAAUUGAUCAAUAUCAAACCACUACUAUUAUGGAGUCACCAAAUGAAAACCCAACCCAGGAAACAGAGACACCGCAGGACAGACAUGAGUGUCUGCUGCAACUGAUGUCUUCCCCUGAGUUACAACAAUCAUUCACAGUGAAAGAUGUUAAGUCUUGUUAUCACAUUUCCUAUUUUAAAUUAGACCUGGUUUGGGUAAGUGAAAGUUGUAAUCUUGUACUGACAAACACAACAGGCAGCACUGAACAUCACUUGACCGACAUACCUGUCGAUACAUUCAGUGGAUUACACAGUGUGAACAGCGAAGGAGAAUUGUUUUUUAUUGAUAGGGAUUAUAACAUUAAAAAACUAUCAAAUGAUCUGAACACAAUCACUAUAUUUGCAAAGCAAACAGACGACCCUAACUGGACACCACGGAGUGUGUACUGGUCACCGUCUGGUGGAGACUUACUGGUUGGUUUGGGUAAAGCAAAUCCUGAAACUGGCAAGAUUUCCCGCUAUAACCGAACCGGGCAGCAGACACAACCAAGGCAACACAACAACUCAGAUCAAGAGAUAUAUAAAGAUCCUAAAAUUAUCACAGAAAACAACAAUGGAGAUAUCGUGGUCUCUGAUUUUGAUGCUGUAGUUGUGACAGAGCGUGGAGGAAGACAUCGUUUCUCCUACACAGGGCAUCCACCAGGGUCACCUCUAAAACCCCGUGGUGUCUGCACUGACGCAAUGUCCCACAUCCUAGUGUGUGAUAAUAGAUCCCGCACAGUGCAUAUGUUAGAUGAAAACGGUCAAUUUUUGUCAUAUCUAUUACCAAAAUCACAAGACUUGGGUGCACCAAGCAGCCUGAGUUAUGAUGCCAACACUCAUCGUCUCUGGCUAGCAGCAGGAUCAUAUAAAAAGUACAAGGUGUUUGUCUACAAAUACAUGACUUUGAAAGACCCUCCGACUGAUGAAGAACAUCCACAGGAUCCUGAAGGGUUUCCUUUAUCCAACUGAACAUCAGCCUGUGAAUCAAAGUACAUGUACAUGUAUAUUAUAUAUUUAUAUCUUAAAGAUAAUACUGCCAAAACUAACAUGCCUUUGCACUUAAAAUGACAGACGUGCAACAAUGAUUCUGAAUUUAAUGUAAGUAAUUGCAUACUCUAACGAAAUAAAUAUUUCAUCAUUUUAAUAAAAUAUUUUUAUUGUUAUAGUAAAAUAUUUUUUGGGGAUAAAGAGUGUCGUUUAUUAACAUUUGAACGAAGACAACCAUUUGGUUGUUAAUAUUUUUAAUAUAUCUUAAAAAUGAAAAUAUGUUCAAAUAUGUACAUGUAUUUACAACACAAUGUUGCAAUAAAAUUCAUGUUGAUUGUUUUGGUAAUUUUCUAAAUCAGAUAUAAUACGAAAUACGUUGAGCAUAUGUAUACUUGAAAGCUUUUCUUCUGGGGGACUACUUUGCAUUAAUUAACUUCUUAAAUUGUAAAU